AUGUUAUACGCUCUAAGCCUCUCUACCUAUGCAACCUGCAUCUGCUUCUAUUUCUCAAACGCUUUACCAUUUGAAGGUAUAAAAGAUUACCGGAUCAAAUCUUUAGGUGGACGAGGUAGUAGCCCAAAUGACUAUCAGGAUCAGUUUAUGACGGGUAUCAAUCAGUUGCAGACAUGGUAUGAUGAUCAUAAUGGUCUAUGGGAUAGUGCUUGGUGGCCAAGUGCAAACAUCAUCACGAUGAUGGCGGAUUUUCAGGAACACUUUCCCUCCAACAUUGCACCAAUUACCGAUCAUGUGUUCCCAAAUACGCUACAUCAGGCGCCCACUGUCUUUCCCAACUUCAUCAACGAGUAUUACGAUGACGAGCUAUGGUGGGCACUGGCCUGGAUUAAGGUGUAUGAUGUCACAUCAAACCCGGUCUACCUUGAUACGGCGGCGGCGAUAUUUGAAGAUUCAAAAAAUAUGUGGGGACAGACACCGUGCGGUGGACUUUGGUGGGACAAACAACAUUCGCAAAUUAACGCCGUGGAGAAUGAGCUAUAUCUUACAACAGCCGCAAAGUUGGCAAAUCGAAGGCCUUCAAAUCCGUCUCCUUACUAUUAUUUGAACGAGGCGACUAAAGCUACUACGUGGUUCCGAAAUUCAGGACUAAUAAACGAGCAUAACCUCAUCAACGAUGGUCUCAGCCUAGGCACAUGCUCCAACAAUGGAAACUUUGUAUUUUCCUACAACCAGGGCACAAUAUUGUCAGGUCUUCUCGAAUUGACUUGGGCUACGCAAGAUCGUCAGUAUGCUAACCUUGCUCACACGCUAGCAGAGGCAUCAAUAUCCGCUUUGACCGACUCAGAAGGCAUUCUACAUGAGCCAUGUGAGCCGAAUGCCUGCAAUAGUGAUGAAGAACAGUUUAAGGGAAUAUUUAUUCGCAAUGUUCAGUUCCUCUUCAGUCGGGAUGCCGACAUUCCAGCAGCCAAUGCAGCGAUCUAUAAAAAGUUUAUUCAGACCAAUGCAGACUCCAUCUGGGCCAGAGAUAAUGCGAACGGGCGAUUAGGCCUGGUUUGGAGUGGGCCAAACAGCGAGGCAACCGUGCAAACACAGGGCUCAGCAUUGGAUGCUAUUGUAAGCGCGGCUAACGUGUCGUGA